AAUGAGGGACGAAAUGAGGGACGACGCAGGGCAGUCUUGCAAAGAAACAGCGCUUUCACCGUCAGUCAUGAGUAAGGAGAAUGCACCCGAGGAUAAAACUUCCAUCUUGACUCGAAUCAAUGCUUUGUUGGAUUCUAACUCAGCGGGUAGAAGUUUGUUUUCGCCUCAACCAGCAUCUCAAGCUACAACCUGUGGACCGUUCGUUAGUUACCCAGGUUUUCAGCCAACACCUCCAGAUUCUAGAUCUCCCAGCCCGUUACAUAUGGACGAUCUGAGAACAAGUGAACUCUUCAUGGGCAACUUCGUAGCUGGUAGCACUCAUUUUGGAUUACAUACCCCACCAGAUAGCCUUUCACCUUCUCCCAUGAGUGCCUUUUCUCCAUAUGGAGCCUUUCCAUUCUCUCCUCUGUCUCCUGUGGACUCUGAAGCCAGUAUUAGUCCUAUGAGGCCUUCAUACCGCAGUUCUGUUUUCCCUCGUUGUCAGCCAAGGCAGAUUGGGUUACCACCUGGAAUGUUACAGCAACAAUCUGAGAUGGUGGCACCCACGAUGAGCAGCCUGUUCACUGAUCCGAGGUGGACUGGCAUCAAUCCAUUGUUUGGAAUGUGGAAUGAUCCAUCAAGUUUAGACUACUUUCAACACCAAGGACUUCCUCAGCUAUUAUCAGGUGCAGACUUCAAUAAAGGAAAUAUGAAGAAGUGGUCAGGCCAGUUACCUCGCCGAAAUUAUAAGAAUCCAAGCUACUCAACAAAAGUAUUCUUGGGAGGUGUUCCUUGGGAUAUCACUGAAGCAUCUCUUGUGAUGUCCUUCAAACCAUUUGGCUCAGUGAAGGUGGAAUGGCCAGGGAAGGCUGAUGGCCGGCAUCUUCACCAUCCACCUAAAGGAUAUGUGUAUUUAAUAUUUGAUUCUGAGAAGUCAGUGAAAGCUUUGUUAGCAUCUUGUACUCAUGACUUCUGUAAUGGUGGAGACUGGUACUUCAAGAUAUCUAGUCGACGUAUGAGGUGCAAAGAGGUGCAGGUGAUUCCCUGGGUUCUGUCUGAUACCAACUAUGUGCGUGGCCCUCAUCAACGAUUGGACACCAGUUGGACAGUGUUUGUAGGGGGACUGCAUGGUAUGCUUAAUGCAGAGGGCCUGGCUUAUAUAAUGAAUGAGCUGUUUGGUGGAGUUGUCUAUGCUGGUAUUGAUACUGAUAAACAUCGCUAUCCUAUAGGUUCUGGUCGCAUUACCUUCAACAAUCAGAAGAGCUUUCUGGAAGCUGUGCGGUCAGGAUUUGUUGAAAUAGAGACGCCAAAAUUUGUGAAAAAGGUGCAGGUUGAUCCAUAUUUAGAGGAUUCAAUGUGUGACAUUUGUCACACAACCACUGGUCCAUUCUUCUGCCGUGAAGAAUCUUGUUUCAAGUAUUACUGUCAUUCAUGUUGGUUGUGGCAUCAUUCAAUUGAAGGAUAUCGUCAGCACAGACCACUGACCCGCACAAGCAAAAGUGGUACUUCUCAGUAAUUUGAAGUCCUUGUAGCUAAUCCUGAUGCAGGUUGUGAAUGGCAGGCUGUAUAACAUCCUACCCCACAGACCUGAGUGUAAAAUUUGCUAUUCAGGACGUGUAAGGAUGCUGUCAUCAUUGUGUCUUAAAUUUGGUUAUUUGUUGUUAGCCUUACAGGUGUAGAUUGUUUUCAAAUGGUUCAGUUUAUUAAUCAUUUACUUAGGUUUCACUUUUAGAUGAAAACAUGCAGUGAAAUUGUUUCUGUUCUGUGUUUACAUCACAAGCCGGUUAAGUGCUAGUAAUUUGUUGAGCUGGAGAUUGUGCAAACAUUUCUCAACACAGGUUUCAAUUUGAUAUUUCUUAUUAUAGUACAGGGGAAAAUCGUGUUUUGUUUGCUUUCAUUGUCACCUUUCAAUUUUAGCAUUUUCUGCUUAAUACUUACAGCAAGUUCACAAGAUUUGCAAGUUUAAACAUCCAUGGCUGAGUGGUCAUUAGAAUGAGAAACUCCCUAAAUAUUUUAAAUUCUUGAUUGCUCCUCUAGUAAUAAUCUUAUCAUCAGAAUUUAUUGUUAAGGUGACUGGGAUUAUUUACCCAUGGUGUGUCAAGUUCUUUUUGUUUUCAUUCUUCACAAAACCUUGACAUUGAAUGUUUAGUUCUUCAGUGUACACGAGUGUUGGACUUUUUCUAAUGACCAACCCUACCUUGGAUUGACCAAACUACUUGAUUUUGAAUUUCUCUUAAUUAGAUAUGUUUGUUUUGAAUUAUUUUAGUUGUAAUUUUUGUGUAUCUUAGCGUGUUAAAGGAUUUUUUUAUAACCAUUAGAUGUUAAUGUUCUCUGUGCAAGGAUUUAUUGCAUUAAUAGUUUGAUAAAACAGAAAACUUAAAUUAUGCUGGACUCUGUUUUCUCUAGAGAAGAACUUUUUGUCUCAAGGCUGGGCCUUGUACAGUUUUGUAGGAGCAAGACUCUUUUUAACUUUUCCAAUCUACUAGUAAUUCAGAGCGAUGUUUGGAAAAAAAUCCUUAUUGUUAUUUACACAGGAAGACAUGUACAUCAGAAACACUGUUGAUGUGUCUUUUUAAUACUCAUGUUACAGAGUAUUUUUGUAUUACAGUUUUGUAUAUAUUUUUGGUGUAACUCAGUGUUCUAGUGUUUUUUUCAGGUAAUUGAAUGCAACUUAUUACUUUCUCAACCCAAAUGUAUCCAUUAUUUAACCAUAGUUUGAAAAGUGUUUAGUUGUGACAUGUUAAGAGCUGACCACAUAAGACAGAAAAAAUAACUUUUCAUUAUCUCUAAUUUAUUUAGGUAACACUGAGGAAGAGCCUAAACAGUUAAUCAUUGCUAGUGAUGGAAUGAUAAAAUUGUUUUUAACUCAAAAACCAAAAUACUGGAAAAAACUAUUUAGAGGGUGCAUGACACAUUUAUUUAAAUUUAGUUCUAAAAAAAAGUAAGUCAAUUUUUAUUGUUUGCAGGACACAAGGAAGCUAAUUUUGCAGUAAGAGUUAUUAUAAUUAUUGUAAUUACUUAUUUAUAAUGUUUAUUUCCACUGACAAGACUUGUCAUAAGUUCUCAUUGGUAAAUUUAAUUAAUUUUGCACGUUAUGGUUGUAUUGAUAAGCUCCUUGCUCAUGUUACUGUACCAAACAGGCAGUGCUUAGCGUGUUCCAAUAGAAAAAGACACAGAUGGCAAUUGUAGGUUACCUUUGUCACAUUAAAGUGGAAAAACUUAUUUUAAUUCAUA